AUGAAAGUUCUUGCCUUACUGUUGUUGAUCAGCCAGUACAUAGAUGGAAACGUUACUCACAGAAGUCUCGGGUCCGCUGGCGUCUCCAAUGCCACAACGAGAACGGAAAGCAUAGCACCAAACCUAAAUCAAACAGAGAUUUCUGGGAUAGAAAAGAAGAACGGUGAAGAUGCGGGCAUCAAAUUGAACGAUGAGGAAAGAGCGGAAAUCCGAAAACGUGGUGUCCAAAUGACGUCUGACUUGGGAAAUGGAAAGAUUUCUAAACGAACGAGCAGCAGCGACAGAAAUCAGCGGCAUACACCUGAUCGAGAUGGUCGCGUACGCGCUAAAGCAGUAGAAGAAAUCGUAGAGCGAAGCGACGGUGAAGAUGAAGUGAUGAAACAAGAUGACGGAGAUUUCUACGAGAGUUUAGCCAGGCAUCUAGAGCAAGCGCGAAAGUUGCUCAAAAAGAAAAAGAAAGUUAGUGACAAGGAGAAAGAUGACUAUGAUUUAGAAUUAAUUGAAGGCGAUAGCGGUGCAAUAACAGGAAGAGACGAUGUAGGAGAUGCAGGUGGCGAGCAGGGUAAUAAUCAAGACAGCGACUAUGAAAAGGAAGGCGCCGACGAGGAUUAUGAUGGCGAUGAAAAUGAUGACGAUUACGGCGACGUAACGUCUACAGAAAACCCAAACUCU